UGAUUAGGGUUUCCAGGGAGUUAAUAUGCCCGCUGGAAUAAUGAUUCCGGCGAGACAGACCUCGCCGAUGAUAGGAGUUAACGGGAAUGUUGGUGGAUAUGGAUCUUCUUCUGGGCUUACUCUUGGUCAGCAAAAUAUAAUGGACGGCCAGCUUCACCUUUUGGAUAUGGGUCAAAACACAUCUGAAGGCGAUAUGGCUAGGUUGAGAGACGAUGAUUUCGAAAGCAAGUCCGGCAGUGAAAAUAAUGACGGUGCCUCCGGCGAAGAUCAAGACCCUAAUCAGAGGCCAAAGAAAAAGCGCUACCAUCGCCACACUCAACAUCAGAUACAAGAAAUGGAAGCUUUCUUCAAGGAGUGUCCACACCCAGACGACAAGCAAAGGAAGGAACUGAGCCGUGACCUAGGGUUGGAACCUUUGCAAAUCAAGUUUUGGUUCCAAAAUAAGCGUACCCAAAUGAAGACCCAACAUGAGCGGCAUGAAAACACACAGCUUCGAACUGAGAAUGAAAAGCUUCGCGUAGACAACAUGAGAUACAGAGAAGCUCUUAGCAACGCCUCUUGUCCUAAUUGUGGAGGUCCAACUGCUAUAGGAGAGAUGUCAUUCGAUGAACAUCAUCUGAGGUUGGAAAAUGCUCGUUUAAGAGAAGAGAUUGAUCGGAUUUCAGGAAUAGCUGCAAAGUAUGUGGGCAAGCCUGUGGUGAACUACCCCAUUAUUUCACCUCCCAUGACUCCUCGUUCACUUGAUCUUGGUGUUGGUCCGUUUGGGGGCCAACCUGGGAUUGGAGGGGACAUAUUGUAUGGAGCAGGAGACCUACUCAGGUCAAUCAGUGGACCUUCUGAGGCUGAUAAGCCAAUGAUAAUUGAGCUUGCAGUUGCAGCCAUGGAGGAACUGAUAAGAAUGGCACAGGUGGGGGAGCCAUUGUGGUUGCAAGGCAUUGAUGGCACCAACAGUUUGCUAAAUGAAGAAGAAUAUAUAAGGACAUUUCCUAGAGGCAUUGGACCGACUCCUAUCGGGUUUAAAUGUGAAGCAUCUCGAGAAACUGCUGUUGUGAUUAUGAACCACCUUAGUCUCGUUGAGAUUCUCAUGGAUGUGAAUCAGUGGUCGACUGUGUUUUCUGGAAUAGUCUCCAGAGCCAUGACACUGGAAGUCCUAUCAACUGGGGUUGCUGGGAACUGCAAUGGAGCCUUACAAGUGAUUACUGCAGAAUUUCAAGUCCCUUCACCACUCGUUCCAACUCGUGAAAGCUACUUUGUAAGGUAUUGUAAGCAACAUGGUGAGGGGACUUGGGCAGUGGUUGAUGUUUCUCUGGACAAUAUACGCCCCAGUCCAUUAGUGAGAUGUCGGCGCAGGCCAUCUGGAUGCUUGAUCCAUGAAAUGCCGAAUGGAUACUCAAGGGUUACAUGGGUUGAGCAUGUUGAAGUGGAUGACAGAGGAGUUCAUAAUAUAUACAAGCCCCUAGUUAAUUCUGGCCUUGCUUUUGGUGCAAAACGUUGGGUCACUGCUCUUGAUCGUCAAUGCGAACGCCUUGCAAGUGCCAUGGCAACAAAUGUUCCUGCCAAUGACAUGAACAUGAUCACAAGUCUAGAAGGUAGAAAGAGUAUUUUGAAGCUGGCUGAGAGAAUGGUCAUAAGCUUUUCAGCUGGAGUGAGCGCCUCUACUGCUCACACAUGGACGACGCUAUCUGGAAGUGGAGCUGAUGAUGUGAGGGUCAUGACACGGAAGAGUGUAGAUGAUCCAGGCAGACCUCCUGGUAUUGUGCUAAGUGCUGCAACUUCUUUCUGGCUUCCGGUUCCACCAUACAGGGUGUUUGAUUUCCUCAGGGAUGAGAACACUCGAUGUGAGUGGGACAUUCUUUCUAACGGAGGGGCUGUUCAAGAAAUGGCACAUAUUGCGAAUGGCCGUGAAACUGGCAAUUGUGUGUCAUUACUGCGAGUAAGCAGUACAAAUUCCAAUCAAAGCAACAUGCUGAUCUUACAAGAAAGUUUCAUCGAUCCAACAGCUUCAUUUGUCAUCUAUGCACCUGUCGAUAUUGCUGCCAUGAACGUGUUACUAAGUGGUGGUGACCCUGAUUAUGUGGCCCUUCUUCCCUCUGGAUUUGCGAUACUCCCGGACGGACCUCUAUCGCAAGGUGGUGGCGUUGGUGAUGCUGGCUCUGGUGGAUCUCUACUCACAGUUGCAUUUCAGAUAUUGGUCGAUUCGGUUCCUACAGCAAAACUCUCUCUUGGAUCUGUUGCUACAGUUAAUAAUCUCAUUACUUGCACAGUUGAAAGGAUUAAGGCUUCAGUGGCAGGCGAGGCUGCAUGAACUAAAAGCCUAAAAUUGAACAGAAGGGAAAAAUAACAGAAAAAGAAAGGAAGGUGAUGGAAAUUCUCAGCUAUAUAGGAGAUAGAAAGAAGUCAAGAGCGCACCCUACUUCUUCCUUUGACUAUGGUGUUUGUGUUUGGAGCAUAUAAGCUGCCUAAGCAUUUCCCAAAUUUUGCAAGGAUUAAGAGGUUCGGGUAUUGACUUCUCCAAACAAAGACGAUAUGCAGAAUAUUAAUGUUGCGUAAUAUAUAGGUUGGAAUUGAUCUGCACCUUUAUGCUUUGUUGUUUAGGGUUUUGGACUUUGUGUUAUCUUGUUCCUUUCUUCCUUGUUUGUGUGUGUUUUUUGAAAUUUCCUUGAUUGAAACAGCUUAAACAUGUAGCAGACUUUUGGCUCUUUAUUUUUUUUUUCUUCCCGUUAGAGAUAUUUUGAAAUAGUUUUUUUAUUUGUGUUGCAUUUUUGUUGGGCUUGUUUACACUUGUUUAAGUGUUUCUUUACUUAACUUGUAGCUGAUUGAUCUUUUAGUGUUGGUGGGACCAUAAUU